UUAUCCAAUCAAAAUUUAUGUAAAAAUAAGCUUGCUUACCAAAAACAAAAUGGCGUUCAACGGAAAAGAAAAAUUAGCAACACUUAAAAUUGCAAUUGACAACGAUAACUCUGUGGCAGAUGAGUAUGAUGAUGAUGAAUUAUCACUAGAAGAAGAACCAAACUUCGACAUUGAUGACAAUUACACUGAUAUAAAAAUAGCGAAAAAAGCAACUAUUAAUAAAGUUUCAGAACAAUCUUCGGAUCAAGUCCAACAAUCGCACGUUGAAGAAAACCACGACGUUCAGUUUAACGUGUUAUUGAAUAAGGUCAAUCCUUCAAAAAAAGAACAGCCCUUCGUUCGGCCCACAAGAGUGUAUGAAAACAAAUCUGGGGAUUUUGUGACUGGAAUUGAUUUAGAUUUUGAGAACUCUGUUGAGAGACUUCAAGAGCGAGCUAAGAGGUUUGGUCUGGAUUACAAACCAGAACAGCCUGUGGAUGUUCAGUCACUCUAUGACAGCCUUGGCAUCAAGCCUGCUGACCUGAGCACGAAGGACGAACGUGGGAUUAGAAUGGAAGCUGUCCAUCUCAGAGGUGUACAUGACAUGAACACAAAGGACGUGUUCAGCUACUUUAACGAGUUUGCUCCCGGCAAGUGUGAAUGGAUAGAUGAUGGCUCAUGCAACGUUGUAUGGCAGGACAAGGUCACUGCAGCUCGGGCCAUGUUGAAGCUGAGUCGCAGUUAUGAGCAAGUUAUGGAAGAAUAUGGCUUGAAGUCUUCCAAGACAGUGUCAAAGAAACAAAGUGAAAGUAUGGACAAAGCAAAAAAGAGCUCAAUGAAAGGAUCAGGAGAUACAGAAGGUGACAGCCGGAAGGUUCAAUGUGAGGGUGAAGAUGACAGACGGAAGGUUCAAAGUGAGGGUGACAGGCAGGAAGUUUGUGAGGGUGAGGCCAUGGAGGAAGAUCAGCUGGACCUCACGGAGGACAGGCAGGAGGUGGCUGCGGUGGAGAAACCCACUCAACUGGAGACACAGGGGGACAGGAUGGAAGAUGAGGGAACAGAAGAAGGUGAGAUAUCAGACAGCGAGUCUGAGGAGGAGAUCCACGAUUCUUCUAAGACGGACGUGCUGGAAAAGAUACCAUGGCCACCGGGCAAAUGGAGGCUAGCAAAACCCUAUCUCAACAAGACAAUGUGUCUUUUUAUGCGAUUUGCUACCAAAGCUGAUGUGAAGUUACCAGGAGCUGAAAAACGAAGCAUAUUUUAUCAAAAAUACGGAAAUCCUAAUUAUGGAGGUAUUAAGGGUCUUCUCAGUCAGUCAAAGAAACGGUCUCUUCGUAAUCAGCAACCUGCGGAGGACCUGGAAACAUUUGGUGUACCUGCAAAAAGCAUGUCCUUGUCAGACAGAAACCAGAUAACAUAUGAGGAUGACUUGUUUUCCUCUAAUGUGGUUCCUGAGGAUGUGGAGGAGAUGGACAUUUACAUCAAGACCGAUAUGCAGGGAGCUGAUAUACGCAGGGCAAACAAGAAACAUGAGUCUGAUGAUGAUGCAAUGGAGAGUGGUGAGAGUGAUUCAGAGUUCCCUGUAAUUGGGCGGGUGGAGAGAAAGGAGGACAAGGCAGACGACUCGGGGGGCAGUGAGGUAGAUGAGGAGGAGCUGACCCGCCUGCUGGGCGUACGCAAGAAACCUGUCAUGAGGAUGUAUGCAGACGUGCUGGAGGAGAAGCAGAAGGCAAACAGAACCCGUGAGAUGGUUGGAGCGCUGAAUAUUGUUGCUGAUGCAAAAAGGAGGGAAAAGUCUUUAAGCGAUGCACGUCAGCUAAUAAUGGGGGUUGAUCUUCGUUCUGCAUUGCGGGAAAAGAAGAUGAACAGGGAAAUAAACCCAGACGAUUUGAACAUGAUCACUCGCGAAAUUCGCCAAGACACUCGCAAGCCUUCUCCAGUGACCUGGCAAAGGUCUAGGUCACUUUCUUCGAGUCCAAGGUCAAUGUCGCCGGAAUCGGAUGAAGAUGUCAAAAGAGGCGUAAAACUGAAAGUGAAACCAAUGCACAUGACAAUUGAAAAUGAUAUUGAAAAUAAUGAGCCAUCAGAUGAGGAUGAGGAGGAAGAAUCAGAGCCUGAACAGACGAGGAUUGUUCGUAAACGACCGAGGGGAGUUACACCGGAUGGAAUAAAAACUAAAAUGGACGAAGUGCAUAAACAGUCAGAUGUGCGCUUAAGAUUAAGUGCUCGUACUAAUGAUAAUUCUAUUUCAAGCUUACCUAGGAGAUCUCCGACCAAUAUUAAGUCUAGACUUAGUAAAAGGGUGUCCCCUGAAAAUGUUGAGAAAAGACCUUCUCCGGUAAUGGAGAGAAGAAAAUUUUCUCCAAUCACAAUGAGUCCAGAUCGAACAGAAGAUUCAAGAAUGAAUAGAAAAAGACGUUCGCGAUCAUUGGACAAUUUCCGAUCCUUGAGACAAAACAGAUUGCCAUCUCCCAGGAGUCAGCGACGUGAUUUGAACAGAACAAGAUCUCCUGUGCGAUCUCCUGUUAGACGGCGAUUUAACGAUCGACCAAAUCGCUCUCGAUCUCCAGCUAAUAGAAGGUUGCAGCAAAGAAUGCGUUCCCCACCACGUCACAGACCAGUGCAGCCUCGAAUGCGGUCUAGAUCUCGCUCACCAUUGAACAGGAGACCUUUGCCAGUACGUCAUAUAUCACCCCAGAACAGAAGGCUACCCGAUCGAACCAGAGCAGGUAGAGAUGCUCGAUCAAGACUCAUACGCAAGUCUCGAUCUCCCACAGAUACUGAACCAGAGUCGGAUGUUGAGGACCCGAAUAAGGAAAAGGAAAGUGAUAAUGAUUCCAGUAGUUCAUCCUCUAGUUCAUCAAGUUCAAGCUCAGAUGAUUCUAGUUCGAAUGAUUCCUCAUCAUCUUCGUCAUCAUCAUCUGACAGCAGCAGCAGCAGUAGUAGUAGUGAUUCGGAAAGUGACAGCGACGCUUCUGAGCGAUCAGCCAUAAGAAAUAAAAAGGCCCAAAGGCAGAUACCUCGAGAAGCUUCCGGAACAAAAUUGUCUAGAGCUCAAGACAGGGGCAGAAAUUCAUCUCCAUUGGUUUCAAGGCAAAAGAAUAGACCUUCCAAUUCCAGUGUAAGACAACAGGGCGAUAGACCUAGAAGAAUGGAGGACACCAGAAGGGACAAUAGAGAAAAUCGGCGGGGACGUGCAAGAAGUUGAAAAUAAAUAUGCUCAUUGUAUCAUUGUUUGUAAGGUUAAGAAUUUAGAAAUUUUAAUGAACACCGAGUUUGCUAGUGACAGAGGCUUAAAGCUUGAUUGUCAAUAAUUUGUAAGAUGUGUUCCUACUGUCAGUAAUUAUGUUAAUAGAAGCUGGGUAUUUUAUUUAUUUGUAAGAAAGAUGCAUGUUGAAGGACUUUGGUUUCUUUUCUGGUUUUGUAUGAAAAACUCCAGGGUUUGCUGUAGAAUGCACUCUGAUAAUUGUUUCAUUGUGAAAUUACAGUGAUAUACAGUUGGUUUAAAUCCAAACUUGUAAAAAAAGACUUGUACCUGAAUUAAGAUCUAAUUUAUAGUCAUCAGACAGUAUAUGUGUUGAUGCUGUUAAAAGAGUUUAAGUGCUGUUUGCAACUGCAUUUUAAAAUGGAAUUGAAGCAGUCCAAUAGUAAAAUACUCUCAUCCAUAGUAUCUGCAGACCUGUUACUUUUAAAGAAAUUAUUCCAGCUGGUAUGGAAGUUUGUUCUAAAAUUCCAACAGCUUUUCUUGUUCAGUCAUAUUCUCCUUCUUUGUACAUGUGCUGUCAAUACAGAAUACAGAUCACCUUAUGUC